AUGGCGUUGGGCGACCCGCGGCUGCAGUGGCUCCGGGACCGAGUUUAUGCGGCUUUUUACCUGCUGCCCGAGCCCGACUGCUUCGAGGAGCUGCUGAGGCGCGGAGGCGGAGAAGAGGAGCGGAAAAUCCUCGAGUUCUUCAGCCAGGUCACUGAGGAGAGAGUCACUUCAGCGCUGCUCUUCUUUCAGAGAAUAUGGGCGGAGCAAGUGGAAGUGACGAUCCCUACAGAGAAAACAAAUGGGCAAAUAUCACCUGAAGGCCUCAGCAGGAAUGAACAGUGCUCUACGGAGGAACCUUCCACCGAGGGAACCUUCAAACCAGUGAGAGAGGACAAGCUUCCUCUGACUAGAGCUGAGAUCCAGACUGUGUACCGCGUGGAGCUGCAUGUAGCAGUGAACAACAUCCCAGAGAGGUUCAUGAAGUCCAAUGUGUUGUACUUCCUGCGGAACACGAAUGAGACGAUCCCUAAGCCAGUGGAUAUAAACGAGGCGAAUGAGCUCAUGCCCAGGCAGCUGGAGAUCGGCAUGCUGAACGGCCAUCCACUCAGGAUGUGCAAGAAUGUCCUCCAGCAUGUGUACAUGCCACUGCUCUCAGUGGGGCAGAUAAAGCUCUCCAGUGAAGACUAUCUGGAGGAGGUGCUGAGUUCUGUAGACUCUGAUGAGAGCACUGAGCUGAGCACUAAAGAACAGCUGGCACUCACAGAACCCCUCAGCACGGUCCUGAUCCGAGACGAAUUCCUGAACUACUCUUACAAGUUCAUGGGUCUUUUAGACAGAACCCUGCAGGAGCUGCAGUUUGUGAAUAAACUACACAUCCCCGAGGUGGAACUGGACCAAGACCUGGAGACCCUACUGGCCAAUCAGGUGAACAUAGAAAGGAUGGAGCAGUGUGUAAUGAACUGGCAAAUCCAAAUCACCACCGUCCUCAAGGAGCAGGAAGACAAGAAACCACAGGCCCCUGGUCCGAUGGCAGAGUUGGAGCUCUGGCGUGAGCGUUCAUCUGAACUGAGUGGUCUGUGGGAACAGCUUGAGCUGCCAGCGGUGAAGAACAUCCUGAAGGUGAUGAACCAAGCCAACGUGGUCUCCAUACAGAACCUGAACGAGACGAUAUCACAGCUGACAUUUUUCCAUGUGGAGGCCUUGGAGAACGUGCGCUUCCUCGGCACCAUGGAGAGGUACUUUAAGAACCUGGCUACAGCAGUGAACUUCAGAAUCAUCCUGGACACCAUUGGACCACUGAUGAGGGGUCUGAGAAUGAUAUGGAUCAUUUCCAGCCAUUACAACACGGACACUCGCAUGAUGGCCUUGAUGGACCGCAUCGUCUGGGAGCUGUGUGAGCGCGUCACGUGCAUCAUCGACAUCCGUACACUUUUCAAAGAAAAGCAUAAUGUGUCCAUGGCCAAAGUUAAAGAUGGCAAGCAGGUUCUGGACCAGUGGAAGACCUGCUACUUUGCAGUUCGAGAAGUGAUCGAAAAGUCCGGCAGGGAAUCGCGCUGGGAGUUCGACCGCCAAAGGCUCUUUGAGAAGACAGACUACAUGGCUUCAGUCUGUCAGGACUUGUACGACAUCCUGAAGACCCUGGAGGAUUUUUAUAAAAUCUUUGGGCCAGAAAUGAAGGAAAUUACAGGUGAGCACAAGCGUAUUGACAAGGUACUGCAGAUGGUGGACAGCAUGGUCGUGCCCAUCAUGGAGCUGGAGUUUGACCCGUUCGACAGUAAGGAGAAGGAAAAUUGGAAAGAAGUUGUUCAGGACUUUGAGAGCAAAGUUCAGGAUAUUGAAGCAGAAGCCAUUUACUUCAUCAACCAGACCUUCAAGACCCUGCGCUCGGCGUCUGUGGCCUUCGACAUGCUGAUGAAAUUCAAGCACAUCCGCUCCAGAGAAGCGCUCAACAAACAGAUGAUGAUGAGGUUUAACGACGUUCUGGCCAAGUACUGCAGUGAGGUGGACUUCGUAAAGGAGGUGUUUGUCCAGAACAAAGAUAAGCCGCCUCUGAAUAAGAACCAGCCUCCCGUGACAGGGGCGAUCUUCUGGGUGCGCGAUCUGUUUCACAGCAUUAAACGCACCAUCAUAUGCUUCCAGAAAGUGCCGGUACUUCUGCAGAGCAAACAGGGCAUAGCUGCAAAAGUAAAGUAUCUGGAGGUGGGCAAGCGCAUGCGGGACUACGAGUUAAAGAAACACAAACGCUGGAGCGAGGAAGUAGUGCAAAUACUGGCAGGGCUCAUGAAGAGAAAAGUCCUGGUCAUGGUGAACAGCUCUGGACACAGCUGUGGAGACGCCACAAAGUAUCAGGACCUGGAGAUGCAGGCACACUUUGUGGUGAACUUUGGCCCAGAGCUGAAGGAGAUCUUCAGCGAGAGCAGGUACUUUGAGCAGCUGGGCUUCAGUGUGCCUGAACAGGUCGCACAAGUGGCUUUGCUUCAGGAAAAGUUGCUCAGAGAUUUGGAUGACCUGGAGAGUUUGACAGACUACUAUCAAUCUGUGGUGGACCAGCUGAAGGACACAGAGUAUCUCCUGAUGUCUGCGGAGAUACAGAAACUGAGGAGUGUGAUAUCUAAUGGAUGUAAACGAUUAACCUUGAAUUCUGCAGGCCUAUCAGACUUCAUUGUCAGUGCCAACCAGGCCAUCUCACAAUUUAAGUCCCUGCUGAACCAACUCCAGAAGAACGAAAACGACAUAAACGCCAAGCUUCAGGCCAUUGAAUCGGCGAACCUUUUUAAAUUCCCUGUACCAGUACGAGCAGGAGAGUUGCCAGGACUGAAGCAGUUCUGUGAGCUGGUGGAGAAGCAAAGAGCCAGAGAUAUGUACUUACUGAGCAGGAAGUACUUAGCCAUCCGACCGCUACUCACCAAGGUGGAGUGUCUGACCAUGCAGACGAGCAGCAGCAAGGCCAAGCACAUGGCUCAGUACUACGCUUACUGGGAGCGUAUGGUGUUCAACUCCCUCACCACGAUGAUCGUGAAAAACCUACAGAUGUUUAACUCCGCCCUGCUGGGCUCCACCCCACUGUUCCAAAUUGAGGCCAUCCUCUCUACUCCUUUGAUCAUGCUGCACCCCAAAAGCAGCCAGGUGUACAGGAUGAUCAUGCAGUGUGUGAAGGACUGUGUGGAAAGCACCAAGCAUUUCGUUCGCUGGAUGCAUGGCACGUGUAUCGAGUGUCCUCCACAGCAAGUGGAUGGUGAUAGUGAGCCGUUCAUCUUCAGCUUCUACAGCGAGGUGUGCCAGCUGCCACAAGUGGCCGAGCAUGUCAUAACCAUAUCCCAGAGCACACAGCAGCUCCUCAGCUCCAUCGUCCACUACCUGAGUCAUUGGAAACGCUUCCGGACCCUCUGGAAACUCGACAAGGCCGUCGUGCUGGAGAAGUUCACAGCCAAGAAUCCCUCGUGUGUGGUUUACGACGAGAAGCUGCAGUUCUACUCACACAUCAGUUGGGUGGUGGCGCAGGAGCCACUGGUGAAGGAUGAACACAUAAUCAGGUUGAACCUGGAGCCGCUGGGACGCUCCAUGCUGGACAAUGCUCAGGCUUGGGUCACUUCACUGGGAGGGCUACUCAACGACUCAGCCCGGGAGGAGUUAUACGCACUGCGCAAUGAGUUCCAGCAACUGUCAGAUAAUCUAAAGACACCUCCUGACACGCUGGAAAGCCUGAAGUUCAUCCUCAGUACAAUCUCCAACAUCCGGAACAUGUCUCUGAGAGUGGAGAUGAGCUACAGGAACAUCCAGGAGAAAUACAGGACUCUGGCCAUGUACAAUAUACAGGUUGCGGAGGAUGAGCUGCAGCUGGUAGCCUGCAUCGAGGAUCUGUGGAGAGAUGUUUUCAUUGAGGCCAAACGGGUGGAUCGCAGCCUGGGCAAAGUCAAGAAUACCUUCACCAAAAUCACCAUGGAAGAGAUAGAGCAGUAUAAGCAGGAGCUGUCCGUCUUUGCUGAGAGUUUUAGCAUGCACGGGCCGGGAGCUGUAGGAGAAAACCUGGAGAAAGGGCUGAUGGUUAUGGAUGCUUAUGAGGCUGAUCUGGCUAAGAUAGAGGCGCGCCGUCAGGAGCUAUCCAACGCCGAGAAGCUGUUCGAUCUUCCCAUUACCGUGUACCCAGAACUGCAGAAUAUACAAAAGGAGAUGAGCGGCCUGAGGCAGAUCUACAAGAUCUACAAGGAACAGAAGGUUGCGAAGGCAGAGUGGUCUCAGACUCUGUGGGUGAACCUGGACAUCCAGGUGCUUCAGGAAGGCAUUGAGGGUUUCAUUAAGAGCCUCAGGAAGCUGCCUAAAAAUGUAAGAGCUCUUCCUGUGGGCUUCUUCCUGGAGGGACAACUGAAAGAGUUCAAAGAGUCUCUGCCGAUGAUACUGGACCUGAAGAACGAGGCUCUGAGAGACAGGCACUGGAAGGAGCUGAUGGCACGAACAGGAACCAGCUUCGAGAUGAACCCAGACACCUUCACACUGGAGAACAUGUUCACCAUGGAGCUCCACAAACACGGCAACGUGAUCGGAGACAUCGUCACCGCGGCUGUCAAAGAGCUCGGCAUAGAGAAGGGUGUGAAGGAGGUGGUGGACACAUGGGAGAGCAUGAAGUUCACUGUGCAGCUUUACUUUAAAGGCACAGAGGAGCGAGGCUCCGUCCUGGGCUCAGUGGACGAGAUCCUGCAGAGCCUGGAUGAUAAUGCCAUGAACCUGCAGAGCAUGGCAGGGAGCCGAUUCAUCGGGCCCUUCCUGUCCACCAUCCAGCAGUGGGAAAAGAACCUGUCCAUCAUCAGCGAGGUCAUCGAGGUUUGGAUAUUGGUGCAGAAGAAGUGGAUGUACUUAGAGAGCAUUUUUAUUGGCGGUGAUAUUCGCUCUCAGCUGCCUGAGGAGGCCAAGAAAUUUGACAACAUUGACAAAAUGUUCAAAAAGAUUAUGUCAGAAACAGUGAAGGACCCAGUUAUUAAGAAGUGCUGCCUGGUACCGAAUCGCCUGUUGGACCUGCAGAACCUGAGCGAUGGUUUGGAGCGCUGCCAGAAGAGUCUGAACGAUUACCUGGACUCCAAACGCAAUGCCUUCCCGCGCUUUUUCUUCAUUUCAGACGACGAGCUGCUCAGCAUUUUGGGGAGCAGCGAGCCGUCCUGCGUACAGGAGCACAUGAUCAAGAUGUACGAUAACAUCGCAUCCCUGUGCUUCAGCACGGGGACAAAUGGAGAGACGGUGGUGGUGGCCAUGGUGUCGGCAGAAGGAGAGGUGUUGGAGUUCAAGCAGGCCAUCCCAGCCGAGGGACGAGUGGAAGACUGGAUGACAGCCGUUCUGCUGGAGAUGAGGAGGACCAACAGGCUCAUCACCAAGGAGGCCAUCUACUUCUACCAACACCACAAGUCCAGGGUGGACUGGAUGCUGGACUACCAGGGUAUGGUCGUGCUGGCAGGGAACCAGGUGUGGUGGACAUGGGAGGUGGAGGACGUCUUCUGCAAAGUGAGCGCCGGAGACAAACAGGCCCUCAAACAGUACGCCAAGAAAAUGCACAGGCAGAUCGACGACCUGGUCAUGCGCAUCACACAGCCCUUAAAAAAGAACGACCGACGCAAACUCAACACCGUGCUCAUCAUAGAUGUCCACGCCAGAGACAUCGUGGACAGCUUCGUCAGGGACAGUAUCACUGACGCUCGUGAGUUCGAGUGGGAAAGUCAGCUGAGGUUUUACUGGGUCAAAGAGCCGGACGAUCUGUUCGUGCGCCAGUGUUCAGCUGAGUUCGCUUACGGAUACGAGUACAUGGGACUGAACGGACGACUGGUCAUCACUCCGCUCACUGACCGAAUCUACCUCACACUCACACAGGCCCUGUCGAUGUACCUGGGUGGAGCACCAGCCGGACCUGCAGGUACAGGAAAAACAGAGUCCACUAAAGACCUGGCCAAGGCUUUGGGUCUGCUCUGUGUGGUCACUAACUGUGGUGAGGGAAUGGACUACAUGGCCGUUGGGAAGAUCUUCUCUGGCUUGGCUCAGUGUGGAGCCUGGGGCUGCUUCGACGAGUUCAACCGCAUCGAUGCCUCCGUGCUGUCCGUCAUCUCCUCCCAGAUCCAGACCAUCCGCCACGCGCUCAUCCUGCAGCUCAAGACUUUCCACUUUGAGGGUCAGGAGAUCAGUCUGGAUUCACGAAUGGGGAUCUUCAUCACCAUGAACCCGGGUUACGCCGGGCGUACUGAACUUCCCGAAUCGGUGAAGGCUCUGUUCCGGCCUGUGGUGGUCAUCGUUCCCGACCUCCAGCAGAUCUGUGAGAUCAUGCUGUUCUCAGAAGGCUUCCUCAUGGCCAAGGUGCUGGCGAAGAAGAUGACGGUGCUGUAUAAACUGGCCCGGGAGCAGCUGUCCAAACAGUCUCACUAUGAUUUCGGGCUGCGUGCGCUCAAAUCUGUUUUAGUCAUGGCAGGAGAGCUGAAGAGAGGAUCCCCUGAGCUCAACGAGGAUGUGGUGCUGAUGCGAGCUCUGAGGGACAUGAACCUCCCAAAAUUUGUCUUCGAGGAUGUCCCGCUGUUCCUGGGACUGAUCUCGGACCUGUUCCCAGGACUGGACUGCCCACGUGUGCGCUACCCCGACUUUAAUGAUGCUGUAGAGACCAUCCUGCAGGAGAAUAAAUACAUUCUGCUGCCCAAUCAGGUGGAUAAAGUGGUCCAGAUGUACGAGACAAUGAUGACCAGACACACGACCAUGGUGGUGGGACCCACGGGAGGGGGCAAAUCUGUGGUUAUUAGUACUCUGUGCCAAGCCCAGACUAGGCUGGGGCUGAUGACCAGACUGUACGCACUAAACCCCAAAGCCAUGAGCGUGAUUGAGCUCUAUGGCAUUCUGGAUCCUGAUACUCGAGACUGGACUGAUGGGAUUCUGUCCAACAUCUUCCGAGACAUCAACAAACCCACAGACAAAAAAGAGAAAAGGUACAUCCUGUUUGACGGGGAUGUAGACGCGCUGUGGGUGGAGAACAUGAACUCGGUGAUGGAUGAUAACAAGCUGCUGACGCUCGCUAACGGAGAGAGGAUCCGUCUCCAGGGUCACUGCGCUCUCCUGUUUGAGGUUGGAGAUUUGCAGUACGCUUCUCCUGCCACCGUGUCUCGCUGUGGAAUGGUGUUUGUGGACCCCAAAAAUCUCCGCUAUGCCCCCUACUGGCAGAAAUGGGUGAACAACAGGCCUGCGACAGAGCAAGACGGUCUGAACAGACUGUUCGAGAAAUACGUCCCCAGCACCAUCGACAUGAUCGUGGAGGGAAUCAUAGACGGGAAACAAGGAGAGAAACUGAAGACGAUCGUCCCACAGACUGAUCUGAACAUGGUGGUGCAGUUGUCGAUGAUGUUGGAUGCUCUGCUAGAACCUGCAGAGUUCUCCUCUGACGAGCUGGAGAGUUUCUUCAUCGAAGCUUUGUACUGCUCGCUCGGAGCCUCGCUCUUAGACAGAGGCCGGAAGACGUUUGAUGAAUUCAUUAAGAGGCUGUCCUGUCUCACCAUCGUCCACGAUGAGAACACGCUCGCCAGCCCUGGAGAACUACCAGGUUUCCUGCCGACUCUUUAUGAUUUCCACUUCGAUGCGAGCACAAAGAAAUGGACUCCCUGGAGCUCGCUGGUUCCUAAAUACAUCCACAACCCUGACACCAAAUUCAUCGACAUUCUCGUGCCCACCGUCGACACCACUCGCACCACCUGGCUGUUGGAGCAGAUGGUGACGGUGAAGAGGCCUGUCGUGCUGGUGGGGGAGUCUGGAACCUCGAAAACAGCCACCACGCAGAACUUCCUCAACAGUCUGAACCCCGACACGACCUUGGUUCUGACUAUCAAUUUCUCAUCAAGAACCACCUCCAUGGAUCUACAGAGGAACCUGGAGGCCAGCGUUGAGAAGAGGACCAAGGAGACCUACGGCCCUCCCAUGGGCAAAAGACUGCUGGUGUUUAUGGAUGACCUCAACAUGCCACGAGUGGAUGAGUAUGGCACGCAGCAGCCCAUAGCCCUGCUGAAGCUGCUAUUGGACAGGGGCGGGAUGUACGACCGGGGAAAAGAACUCAACUGCAAGAUGCUGAAGGACCUGGGCUUCAUCGCAGCUAUGGGGAAAGCAGGAGGAGGUCGUAACGAGGUGGAUCCUCGCUUCAUCUCCCUCUUCAGUGUGUUCAACAUCCCGUUUCCCGAGGAGGAAUCUCUGCAUCUUAUCUACUCCUUGAUCCUGAAGGGUCACACAAGGCCAUUUGAGGAAAGCGUUCAGAAAAUCUGUGAAACACUGACCUUCUGCACACUGGAGCUGUAUAAAGCCAUCAUUAAAGACCUGCCGCCAACUCCUUCGAAGUUCCACUACAUCUUCAACCUGAGGGAUCUGUCCAGGGUGUAUAACGGCCUGGUCCUGACCAACGAAGAGAGGUUCCUGACGGUUACGCAGUUUGUGCGGGUCUGGAGGAACGAGUGUCUGAGAGUGUUCCAUGACAGGCUCAUCAACGAAACCGACAAAGCUCUUGUCCAGGGACACAUUAAAAACCUGAUAGAGGAGCAUUUCAAAUCUGAUCUGGAGUCAGCUAUGAGAGACCCCAUCCUGUUUGGAGAUUACAGAACAGCUCUCACCGAGUCUGAGCCCAGAGUCUAUGAGGACAUUCAGGAUUACGAUGCCUGCAAGGCUCUUUUCCAGGAGAUCCUUGAGGAGUACAACGAGUGCAAGACCAAGAUGAACCUGGUGCUCUUUGAUGAUGCGCUGGACCACCUGACCAGAAUCCAUCGUAUCAUCAGGAUGGACCGUGGCCACGCCCUUUUAGUGGGAGUGGGAGGGUCUGGGAAACAGUCCUUAACCAAACUGGCUGCUUUCACUGCAGGAUGUGAGGAGGUGUUUGAGAUUGUGUUGAGUCGAGGAUACUCGGAGAAUAACUUGCGUGAAGAUCUGAAGACUCUUUACAUAAAGCUGGGCAUUGAGAAUAAGAAAACUGUGUUCCUCUUUACUGAUGCUCAUGUGGCCGAGGAGGGCUUCCUGGAGCUCAUCAACAACAUGCUCACCUCAGGAAUGGUUCCAGCGCUGUUCCCUGAUGACGAGAAGGAGUCCAUCCUGAACCAGAUCCGCGACGAGGCUCUGAAGAUGGGCUCGGGGCCGUCCAAAGACAGCGUGUGGCAGUACUUCGUGAACAAGAGUGCCAGCAACCUGCACAUCAUCCUGGGCAUGUCUCCUGUAGGGGACGUCCUCCGAACACGCUGCAGGAACUUCCCAGGGCUUGUGAAUAACACCGGUAUUGAUUGGUUCCUCCCGUGGCCUCCUCAGGCUCUACAUGCAGUCGCACAGUCCUUCUUGGGUGAGAGCCCGAUGAUACCCAAGGACCAUACCGAGGCAGUGAUAGGUCACGUGUGUAUGGUGCACGGCUUGGUCGGUGAGUACAGCAUCUUGUUCCAGCAGAAGCUGCGCCGCAGUAACUACGUCACCCCCAAAAACUACCUGGACUUCAUCAACACCUACUCCACCCUACUGGAGGACAAGGACCAGUACAUCCUCGGCCAGUGUAAGCGACUGGAAGGAGGUUUGGAUAAAUUGGAGGAGGCCAGCGUACAGCUCGCCGAGCUCAACACCAAGCUGGCUGAGCAGAAGGUGGUUCUGGCCGAGAAGUCCUCCGCCUGUGAGAUCCUGCUGAAUGAGAUCUCCACCAACACAACCGUCGCUGAGGAGAAGAAGAAGCUAGCAGAGGAGAAGGCUGAGGAGAUCGCAGAGCAGAAUCAAAUGAUCUCCAUUGAGAAAAAGGAUGCUGAGAGCUCUCUGGCCGAGGCUCUGCCUGCUUUGGAGGCAGCUCGCACCGCCCUGCAGGACCUGGAUAAGUCUGACGUCACUGAGAUCAGAUCCUUCGCCAAGCCGCCGCACCAGGUGCAGGUGGUGUGUGAGUGUAUCCUGGUCAUACGUGGUUAUAAAGAGAUUAACUGGAAGACUGCUAAAGGCAUGAUGUCAGAGGCCAACUUCCUGCGCUCGCUCAUGGAGAUGGACUGCGACUCCAUCAGCAAGGGACAGGUCAAUACUGUACGAGGCUUCCUGAAGAACCUGAACACAUCAUUUGAGGAGAUGCAGGCCAUCAGUAAAGCCGGCUCUGGCAUGCUGAAAUUCGUCGAGGCCGUCAUGGGUUACUGUGACGUAGCCCGAGAGAUCAAACCCAAGAGAGAGAAGGUGGCCAAGCUGGAGAAGAACUACUUCCAGAGCAAGCGUGAGCUGGAGCGCAUCCAGAGCGAGCUGGAGGGCAUCCAGAAUGAGCUGGGGGCUUUGAGACAGAAGUACGAUGAUGCCAUGGCGGAGAAGCAGCAGCUGCAGGAGGAGGCUGAGCUCAUGGAGCGCAGGCUCGUCGCUGCCGACAAGCUCAUCACUGGACUCGGAUCAGAGAACGAGCGCUGGAUGGAGGAUCUCAAGGAGCUAAAGGAUAGGCGAGUGCGCCUGCUGGGUGACUGUCUGAUCUGCGCCGCCUUCCUGAGCUACGAAGGAGCCUUCAGCUGGGACUUCCGAGACGAGAUGGUGUACGAGGUGUGGCAGAAGGACGUGAUGGACAGAGGCAUCCCCCUGAGCCAGCCUUUCCGCAUCGAGAACCUGCUCACCGACGAGGUCGAGAUCAGCAGAUGGGGGUCGGAAGGUCUCCCUCCUGAUGAGCUGUCCGUGCAGAAUGGCAUCCUGACCACGAGAGCCAGCCGCUUCCCUCUGUGCAUCGACCCUCAACAGCAAGCGCUUAACUGGAUCAAGAAGAAGGAGGAGAAGAACAACCUCAGGAUCUCCUCAUUUAACGAUCCAGAUUUCCUGAAGCAGUUGGAGAUGGCCAUCAAAUAUGGUUUUCCUUUCCUGUUUCAAGAUGUGGAUGAGUACAUCGACCCCGUCAUCGACAAUGUCUUGGAGAAGAACGUGAAAGGAGCCGAGGGACGGCAAAUCAUUGUCCUGGGAGACAAGGAGGUCGACUACGACCCCAACUUUAAACUGUACCUCAACACCAAACUGGGAAAUCCCAAAUACUCCCCGGCAGUGUUUGGCAAAGCCAUGGUCAUCAACUACACAGUUACGUUAAAGGGUCUGGAGGACCAGCUGCUCAGCGUCAUCGUGGGCUUCGAGCGGAAAGAGCUGGAGGAACAGAGAGAGCGUCUGAUCCAGGAGACGAGUGAGAACAAGCGUCUCCUCAAAGACCUGGAGGACUCCCUGCUCCGAGAGCUCGCCACGUCCACAGGGAACAUGUUGGACAACGUGGAGCUCGUCCAAACUCUCGAGGAAACCAAGUCCAAAGCUAGCGAGGUCUUUGAGAAACUGCAGCUGGCUGAACACACAUCAGCAGACAUCGAUACGCUGCGUGACGGUUACCGUCCGGCAGCUAAACGCGGCGCCAUCUUGUUCUUUAUCCUGGCUGAGAUGGCGCUGGUGAACAGCAUGUACCAGUACUCUCUAUCCGCCUUCCUCGAGGUGUUUGACUUCUCACUGCGUAAAUCUCUUCCUGACUCCAUCCUGUCCAAGAGGCUGAACAACAUCAUGAACACACUCACACACAACGUCUACAAUUACGGCUGCACCGGUCUGUUUGAAAGGCACAAGCUGCUUUUCUCCUUCAACAUGACCAUAAAGAUCGAGCAGGCGGAGGGUCGAGCCCCUCAGGAAGAGCUCGACUUCUUCCUUAAAGGGAACCUUUCGCUGGAGAAGAGCAAGAAGAGGAAGCCAUGUGAUUGGCUGCCUGAUCAGGGCUGGGAGGAUAUUGUGCGUCUGACCGAACUUUUCCAAAACGAGUUCGGCUCAUUGAUGGGUGACAUUGAAGAGAAUCCCACCGUAUGGCAGGAUUGGUAUGACCUGGACAACCCGGAGCAGGCUCCCUUCCCUAUGAAGUACAACGAAAGUCUGACCACUUUCCAAAAACUUCUGCUUCUACGCUGCUUCAGGGUGGACCGAGUGUACCGUGCCGUCAGCGACUACGUCAGCAUCACGAUGGGAGAGAAGUAUGUACAGCCUCCAGUGAUUAGUUUUGAGGCUAUAUUUGAGCAGAGUACGCCAAACUCCCCCAUCGUGUUUAUCCUGAGUCCUGGUUGUGAGCCGGCCAAUGACCUGACAAAGCUGGCUGAGCGCAGCGGCUUCGGGACCAGCAGGCUCAAGUUCCUCGCCAUGGGACAAGGCCAGGAGAAGGUUGCAUUGCAGUUGCUGGAGACGGCUGUGUCCCGGGGUCAGUGGCUGAUGCUGCAGAACUGUCAUCUGCUAGUGAAAUGGCUAAAGGAGCUCGAGAAAGCUCUAGAAAGAAUCACAAAGCCUCACCCAGACUUCCGUCUGUGGCUCACCACCGACCCCAUCAAAGACUUCCCCAUCGGCAUCCUUCAGAAAUCCCUCAAGGUGGUGACGGAGCCCCCCAAUGGGCUGAAGUUGAACAUGAGAGCCACGUACUUCAAGAUCUCGCUGGAGACGCUGAUGAGCUGCCCUCACUUGGCCUUCCGCAGCCUGGUCUACGUGCUGGCCUUCUUCCACGCCGUGGUGCAGGAGAGACGCAAGUACGGCAAGAUCGGCUGGAACGUUCCGUACGACUUCAACGAGUCUGACUUCCAGGUGUGUCUGGAGAUCCUGAGCACGUACUUGACCAAAGCUCACACUCAAGGUGACACGACAAUUCCAUGGGGCAGUCUCAAAUACCUGAUCGGAGAGGUGAUGUAUGGGGGCAGGGCGAUAGACAGCUUCGACCGCAGGAUCCUCACCGUCUACAUGGACGAGUAUCUGGGAGAUUUCAUCUUCGACACCUUCCAGCCUUUCCAUUUCUUCCACAACAAAGAUGUGGAUUACCGAAUCCCGGCGAACGGACUCAAGGACGUCUACGUCGCCGAAAUCGAAUCACUCCCUCUCGCGAACACGCCGGAGGUGUUUGGGCUUCAUCCCAACGCUGAGAUCGGCUACUACACUCAGGCUGCUCGGGACAUGUGGAUGCACCUCAUAGAGCUACAGCCACAAACUGGUGACUCUGGUGGGGGAAUCAGCAGAGAUGAGUACAUCGGGAAGGUGGCGCGGGACAUCCAGAACAAGCUGCCCAUAUUGUUCGACCUGGAUGUGAUCCGGAAGAAGUUUGGCUUGGAAGUGUCGCCCACCACCGUCGUGCUGCUGCAGGAGCUGGAGCGCUUCAACAGGCUCAUCGUACGCAUGAGCCGCUCACUCGCCGAACUGCAGAAGGCUCUAGCCGGUGAGGUAGGGAUGAGCAAUGAGCUGGACGAAGUUGCCCGAGCUCUGUUUAAUGGUCAAAUCCCUGCUAUCUGGAGGAAGCUGGCUCCAGACACCCUCAAAUCUCUGGGCAACUGGAUGAUCCACUUCAAGAGACGCUACGAUCAGUACAGCUCAUGGGUGGAUGAUGGCGAGCCCAUGGUGAUGUGGUUGUCAGGGUUACACAUCCCCGAGUCGUAUCUGACGGCACUGGUUCAGGCCACGUGCAGGAAGAACAGCUGGCCUCUGGACCGCUCCACCCUGUACACACAGGUCACUCAGUACAGCAGUGAGGAGGAGGUGCAGGAGAGACCUGCUCAGGGUUGUUAUGUAUCAGGUCUGUAUCUGGAGGGAGCAGACUGGGACAUGGAUGAGGGCUGUCUGGUGCGCAGCAAACCCAAAGUUCUGGUGGUGCAGCUUCCCGUCCUCAAGGUGAUCCCCAUCGAGGCUCAUCGUCUAAAACUGCAGAACACACUGAGAACGCCGGUCUACACAACAUCCAUGAGGAGGAACGCGAUGGGCGUCGGCUUGGUGUUCGAGGCUGACCUCUUCACCACCAGACAUCAGUCUCACUGGGUCCUACAGGGAGUGUGUCUCUGUCUCAACUCUGACUGAUCUCUCUCUCUCUCUCUCUCUCUCUCUCUCCCUCCCCCCCCCUCAGGUCUGUUUAAUUAUCUCCAAGCUGUUCUUCAUUAAAUUAAUAUUCAAACUUGAUCUUUUGUUUCACUAUUAAAGAUCAACUCUAACGGAUUAAUCUCCUGCUGUCACACAGAACAGCAAACUCCUUUUCCAUCACCAAGCACUGGCUGGGGUUUCACAUCAAAAUGGCCUCCUGUGGAGCAGUGACUUGUGAUAAGUGACAGCGAGUCUUUGCAUCAGAAGCUGGUGACGCAACCCUCAAUGCUUAAAAGUGUGUUAAAGAAUGUUCACUGUAAUGUGGUAAAAUGGGCGACUGCUCACAUAUUUUCUGGGGCUUACCAGUAAUUGAGGACUUUGAGAAAAAUAUCAAAUAGGAAGUUGAAAAAAUUCUCAGAUGGACGUUGGACUAGAUCUGCUAUUAUUUCUGUUGGGAGCGAUACCUAAGGACAUGUACAGUGCAAAUCAAAGAUAUAUUCUGUGGAUGCUUCUGUUACUGCGAGUUGGCCUAGUGGUUAGCGUGUCCACCUCUUGACCGGAAGAUUGUGAGUUCUACUCACGGUCGGGUCAUACCAAAGACCAUCAUUAAAAAUGGCGCCUACUGCCACCUGGCAAGGCACACUGCAAUACAGAUGUGAGCAGGGAGUUAAACUCUCGUGGUUACCAGAGGACCCGCCCCCCCCCCGUAACCCUAGGUACGUAAGAGGCUGAGGGCUAUAGGAACGGAGAUUUUAAGGGCUCCUUAAGGACCUGGUUAGUACUGGGAUGGAAGACUGCCUGGGAAGACCAGGUCCUGGCACUGGAGGGACUUUGACUUGACUUUGAUACUUCUGUUGAUUGUGAACUGGAAGGAUGCAAAACCACCAACUUUAACUCAGUGGAUAUAAAGAGUGGAACAGGUUCACACACAAACCUGCAGAGAUGGACAGUGUUGCAUGGGCUCUGAGUGUCCAAUAAGAGAGAGAUCUGUCCAUGGUCAGGAAAUCGUCACCAUUAUAUUCCUCUGUGACUGACACUGCUCUGCCAUGAAUGACCCCCCCCCCCCCCCCAAAUGUCUUAAUUCACUUCUUCUUUUUUGUUUAUUUUCAGUCAGAGUGUAUGUGUAGGAAUGCAGGCAUGUAGGUGUAUACAGUUAGGUCCAUAUAUAUUUGGACACUGACACAAAUUUUGUUUUUUUACCUGUUUACUGAAACAUAUUCAAGUUAUAGUUAUAUAAUGGACAUGGACAUAAAGUCCAGACUUUCAGCUUUCAUUUGAGGGUAUCCACAUUAAAAUUGGAUGAAGGGUUUAGGAGUUUCAGCUCCUUAACAUGUGCCACCCUGUUUUUAAAGGGACCAAAAGUAAUUGGACAAUUGACUCCAAGGCUAUUACAUGGGCAGGUGUGGGCAAUUCCUUCGUUAUGUCAUUCUCAAUUAAGCAGAUAAAAGGCCUGGAGUUGAUUUGAGGUGUGGUGCUUGCAUUUGGAAGAUUUUGCUGUGAAGAAAACAUGCGGUCAAAGGAGCUCUCCAUGCAGGUGAAACAAGCCAUCCUUAAGCUGCGAAAACAGAAAAAACCCAUCCGAGAAAUUGCUACAAUAUUAGGAGUGGCAAAAUCUACAGUUUGGUACAUCCUGAGAAAGAAAGAAAGCACUGGUGAACUCAUCAAUGCAAAAAGGCCUGGACACUCACAGAAGACAACAGUGGUGGAUGAUCGCAGAAUAAUUUCCAUGGUGAAGAGAAACCCCUUCACAACAGCCAACCAAGUGAACAACACUCUCCAGGAGGUAGGCGUAUCAAUAUCCAAAUCUACCAUAAAGAGAAGACUGCAUGAAAGUAAAUACAGAGGGUUCACUGCACGGUGCAAGCCACUCAUAAGCCUCAAGAAUAAAAAGGCUAGAUUGGACUUUGCUAAAAAACAUCUAAAAAAGCCAGCACAGUUCUGGAAGAACAUUCUUUGGACAGAUGAAACCAAGAUCAACCUCUACCAGAAUAAUGGAAAGAAAAAAGUAUGACGAAGGCGUGGUACAGCUCAUGAUCCAAAGCAUACCACAUCAUCUGUAAAACACGGCGGAGGCAGUGUGAUGGCUUGGGCAUGCAUGGCUGCCAGUGGCACUGGGUCACUAGUGUUUAUUGAUGAUGUGACACAGGACAGAAGCAGCCGGAUGAAUUCUGAGGUAUUCAGAGACAUACUGUGUGCUCAAAUCCAGCCAAACUGAUUGGUCGGCGUUUCAUAAUCCAGAUGGACAAUGACCCAAAACAUAAAGCCAAAGCAACCCAGGAGUUUAUUAAAGCAAAGAAGUGGAAUAUUCUUGAAUGGCCAAGUCAGUCACCUGAUCUCAACCCAAUUGAGCAGCAUUUCACUUGUUAAAGACUAAACUUCAGACAGAAAGGCCCACAAACAGACAGCAACUGAAAACCGCUGCAGUAAAGGCCUGGCAGAGCAUUAAAAAGGAGGAAACACAGCGUCUGGUGAUGUCCAUGAGUUCAAGACUUCAGGCAGUCAUUGCCAACAAAGGGUUUUCAACCAAGUAUUAGAAAUGAACAUUUUAUUUACAAUUAUUUAAUUUGUCCAAUUACUUUUGAGCCCCUGAAAUGAAGGGAUUGUGUUUAAAAAAUGCUUUAGUUCCUCACAUUUUUAUGCAAUCAUUUUGUUCAACCCACUGAAUUAAAGCUGGAAGUCUGAACUUCAACUGCAUCUGAAUUGUUUUUUUCAAAAUCCAUUGUGGUAAUGUACAGAACCAAAAUUAGAAAAAUGUUGUCUCUGUCCAAAUAUUUAUGGACCUAACUGUAUGUAUGUAUAUAUUAGUAUUUUAUACCUUUUUUAUUUUUAUUUAUUUAGUUUUGUCAUUGUUUAUUAUUCUUAUUAUUUACUAAGCUGUGUAUAUGUAUGUGGGCAUGUGAAUGAACGUGAGUGAACACUAAGGAAGGGAUCUUCUUUUUGCUGAUGAUGUGGCACUUGUGGCCCACAGUCACACCACCCUGUGAGAGAUGAUAAAUACUU